CCUGUGCUGUGUCGGCGCGUGCCUUCAGACACAUGUUAAGAUCGGUGUUGCACGGCUGCAGGGGGCACGCGAGCAGACUUUUGAUGCAACGCGUUACUCACCUGACUAAACAACGCGUCAUGCAUUGACAGCGAAGAGAGGAGGCAUCGUUGUUGCACUUCUGACAGAAUGAAGACAAGAGAAGGGAAGAUUAUAAACCAGGGUCUGGAGGAUGAGAUGGAGGUGUGGGGUUAUCAGCCCUGUCUGUGGAAGAUGAUCCUGGUGGGUGUGGGUGCUGUGUGCUCCGGGGGUCUCCUGCUGCUUCUGCUCUACUGGCUGCCUGAGUGGGGCGUUAAGGGCACCUGCACACACACCUCGCUGAGGGACGCACACACACUGCUGAUCAGGACCACAGAUGAGUUCAGGCAGUGGUUCAAAGCCAAAGUGCAUGUUAUGUCGGCUCCGGGGAAGAAACCUUUCGACAGCCUGGAUCUGCAGUCCACAGCUCAGCUGCCGAAUGGAGACAACGGCAUCAGUGCCGCGCAUGAGGAGAAUCAUGGGAAAUUUGCCCAUAGACAGCUUGCUCAGAUCCACUACUUCACCCACCACAGCACCAAAUACUACUGGAAUGAUGUGACACAGAACUUUGAAUUUUAUGAAGGCUUGGAGGAUGUGAAGGUGAGCUGUGCAAGCAUCCACUCUGACCACAGCUCAGGACUUUCUAAAACACUGCAGGACUACAGGAGGUUGUUUUUCGGAGAGAAUGAGAUCGCUGUAAGAGUGCCGUCUCUGUUCAAGCUCCUCAUAAAGGAAGUCUUGAAUCCUUUCUACAUCUUCCAGCUCUUUAGUGUUGUUCUGUGGAGCGCUGAAGACUACUACUAUUAUGCUACAGCCAUAGUGUUCAUGUCUGCGAUUUCAAUAGCUACCUCACUGUAUACCAUUAAAAAGCAAUAUGUGAUGCUGCAUGAUAUGGUAGCAGCUCACAGCGUGGUCCGAGUCUCAGUGUGCCGAGGAAAUAAAGAUAUUGAACAGGCCAUGUCAACAGAGCUCGUACCCGGUGAUGUCAUCGUUGUUCCAGCGAAUGGGAUGAUCAUGCCCUGUGACGCUGUGCUCACCAGCGGGACUUGCAUCGUAAAUGAGAGCAUGUUGACAGGAGAGAGCGUGCCAGUUACCAAGAUAAGUCUGCCCAGUUCAGGCGAGGAUGCGGCCGGGACCUUUAGUACAGAGGAGCACAAAAGACACACUCUGUUCUGUGGAACACGCGUUAUCCAGACCCGCUUCUACGCUGGAGAACUGGUGAAGGCGGUUGUUGUCAGAACAGGCUUCAGUACAGAGAAAGGCCAACUUGUGCGUUCCAUCCUCCACCCGAAACCUACCGACUUCAAGCUGUACCGAGAUGCUUACCUUUUCUUGUUGUGUCUGGUGGGGGUGGCAGGGAUCGGCUUCAUCUACACCAUAGUCCUCAGUAUCAUGAACAAGGUUCCAGUUAAAUACAUCAUAAUUGAAUCUCUGGACAUCAUUACCAUCACUGUGCCUCCGGCCUUACCCGCUGCCAUGACGGCUGGUAUUGUGUACGCGCAGCGUCGUCUGAAGCGUGUUGGCAUCUUUUGCAUCAGUCCUCAGAGGAUCAACAUGUGUGGUCAAAUGAACGUGGUCUGCUUUGACAAGACUGGUACUCUCACUGAAGAUGGUCUGGACCUGUGGGGUGUUCAGCCAGCUGAAAAUGGCAGCUUCUCUCCCCCUGAGUCUGAUGCAGCUAAAGAGAGUCUGGUGACCAGUGUAUUUGUGGCCUGCAUGGCUACCUGCCACUCGCUGACCAAGAUCGAGGGCGAGCUCUCCGGAGACCCUUUAGACCUCAAGAUGUUCAAUGCAACCGGCUGGAUCCUAGAGGAGCCCACAGAGGAAGAGACUGCUCUACACAAUCCCAUAAUGCCCACAGUUGUGCGACCUCCAAAGCACUUCGUCCCUGAGGCCAUUCACAACAGUCCACUAACUCAGAACACGUCCUGUGAGAUUGGUAUUGUGCGUCAGUUCCCCUUCUCCUCGGCCCUGCAGAGGAUGAGUGUGGUGGUCCGGAGGCUGGGAGAAAAACACAUGAACGCUUUCUUGAAAGGAGCACCGGAGGUUGUGGCCAGCCUCUGCAAACAGCACACAGUCCCACAGAGCUUCACAGAGACUCUGGAGACAUACACCAGGCAGGGCUUCAGGGUUAUUGCCCUGGCACAUCGACAGCUGGAGUCCAAACUCUCCUGGCACAAAGUCCUGAGUCUCAGCAGGGACCUGAUAGAAACCAACAUGGAGUUCCUCGGUUUGAUCAUCAUGCAGAACAAAAUUAAAGAGGAGACUGCCGGGGUUUUACGAGCAUUACAUCAAGCAAACAUCCGCACUUUGAUGGUCACGGGUGACAACAUGUUGACGGCGGUGUCGGUGGCUCGAGAUUGUGGGAUGGUACGUGCACAUGAGAGGGUCAUUAUUGCAGAUGCUGCGCCUCCUAAGGAUUCCCACCCUGCCAGUAUCACGUGGCAUUACACUGAAAACCCCGCUCAGACCGACAAGGACAAUCAGACUGUGGAGAUAAACUUGGAGGACGGGUUACAUGACAAGCAUGUUACUCAGCAGGAACAGAGCUAUCACUUUGCUGUGAGUGGCAGAGCCUUCGCUGUUAUCACUGAGCACUUCCCUCAACUCGUCCAUAAGCUCGUGCUGGGAGCCACUGUGUUUGCCCGCAUGGCUCCAGACCAGAAGACUCAGCUGGUGGAAGUCCUGCAGAGCAUGGACUACACAGUUGGGAUGUGUGGCGAUGGUGCCAAUGACUGUGGAGCUCUGAGGAGAGCUCACAGUGGGAUCUCGCUGUCUGAGCUGGAGGCUUCUGUUGCUUCACCCUUCACCUCCUCCACCCCCAACAUCUCCUGCGUCCCCAACCUCAUCAGGGAGGGCCGAGGUGCACUCAUAACAUCAUUCUGCGUUUUCAAGUUCAUGGCUCUCUACAGCAUCAUCCAGUACCUCAGUGUCACCCUGCUCUACUCGAUCCUCAGUAAUUUGGGAGACUUUCAGUUCCUCUUCAUUGACAUCGCCAUCAUCCUCAUCAUCGCCUUCACAAUGAGUCUUAACUCUGCGUGGAAGGAGCUGGUGUGGCACCGCCCGCCGUCCAGUCUGAUCUCUGGUCCACUGCUCUGCUCGGUUCUGACCCAGAUCCUCACUUGCCUGGUCUUCCAGGUCCUGGCUUUCCUCUUAGUACGACAGCAGAGUUGGUAUGAGACAUGGACACCUCAGUCAGAUGCCUGUAACAUCUCCAACUCCAGACACAAUGUGAACGUAACAAGCCCCCCUGACCCCAAAAACAUUAGAAACUACGAGAACACCACCCUCUUCUACGUCUCCUCCUUCCAGUAUUUGGCUGUUGCAAUCGUUUUCUCCAAAGGAAAGCCCUUCAGACAACCAAGCUACAAAAACUGGCCUUUCAUGCUGUCCUGCAUCAGUCUGUACACUUUUCUACUUUUCAUCAUGCUGUAUCCGGUUCCUGCCAUUGACAGCUUACUGGAGAUCGUGUGUGUUCCCCAUGACUGGCGCGUCACACUGGUCAUCAUUGUCAUGGUGAAUGCGGCUGUGUCUUUCAUGCUGGAGAUUUUGAUCCUUGACAUCAUCUUGCGGAGGCUAGUUUUCAGAUGCAAUCAGGGGGGAAAUCGCCCCACAGAGCCCCCCUCUGCUGGCACACCUCAGGAGGCCAACGACCGCUGUGGCUCGUCUUUCCUAUCCUGGUUGUUCUGUCGGAGGAACAAGCCUCCAAGGGUGCGCUACAUGCACCUGGCGCUGGAGCUGCAGGAUGACGGGGACUGGCCCCCCAGACCCUCCACUGUCACCUACGCCAGCAAUCCACAAUCCCACAUUUGUGACCCCCUCUGACGCCAACAUGACCAACAAGCAAACUACUGCACAGGCUAAACCUCAAAUCCCCAACAAGCCUCCAUGUUGACGUGGCGUGAGUUGAGCCCAGAGAUGUGAUGGAUGCUUGGAUGAUGUGUGUGCGACGUGGAUCCUGCUGGAUGCCAGUGACCAGUCCAGGUCAUAAAGGUGAGGCUCUGACACUGAGUUUCUCACCCAUACAUUUUGAUUCACCUCACCAGGAUGGACAAACACUCUGCACCUGAUUUUCGCCGUACUGUCUUGUCACACUGCUGAAACUUGAGCCAGAGGUCUUCGUUAAAGGAAUAGUUGAGCAUUUUAAGAAAUAAAAGUACGCUUAUUUUCUAGAUUAACAUUACUGUUAUAUCUGUACGCUAAAUAUAAAGAUAGUCACAGCAAUUGCAGACUGGUUUAGCUUAACACAAAGACCCAAAAAAGGUGGAAACAGCUAGCCUUGCUCUUGUCUGACUGUACUCAAAGCGCCAAAAAAAUACAUUUGAGAAACUCAAAAGGAAUGUCUCUUUUCACAAAUUAUGACCUGCUACUCAAGAUAAUCCACAGACCUUGUUGUGAGCAGUUUCACAUAGGAACUAUUUUCUUUCUACUAAACUACACCC